AUGUUUCGCACCGCUCUUCGCCCGUUUGCUUCAUCUCCAUGUCAUCGCACCAGAAGCGCGGCCGCGUAUACGGCGCGGUAUUUCCACCAAGUCACCGCAGAAUUCAUCAACUAUGACACGAGCGGAAAACUAGUCUCAAAGAAGGUCUCUGCUAUGAUGGGAGACCAGGGAGCAGCCUACAUCAUGGCUGACCCAGUAAUCGGCUUUGCGUUCCGUGCUGCCAGCCCCUUCGCGUCGCCUUCUGCUUCCGCCGCUAGUACCGAGUAUCGAGGAGUCACCAAUGUGAAAGAGCCGGCUUUGUGA